AUGGAUAGAAAUGUUGAGAUGAGAAAAUUUGUUGACACUUGGAUAUCAGACAUUUCUCCUAUGGCAAGUUUAGUACUGGAAGAAAACAAAGAUUAUGCUAGAGAUUGUCAAGUUAGGUUCAAUGGCCAAUUUGGAUAUGAAAUUUUAGAUGGUCAUUAUAGGCAUAUUAUUGAUAUAAGAAAGAAGACAUGUACUUGUAGAACCUGGCAGUUGAGAGGCAUACCAUGUCAACAUGUUGUUUUGGCUUAUCAGCAUGCAGGCCAAGACCCUGAAGAUCAUGUUGUACAUUGGUAUAGAAAAGAUACUUUCAUGAAGGCUUAUAAUUACUUUAUCCAGCCAAUACCUAACAUGAAAAUGUGGCCUCACACUAGUGAUAUAGUGAUUGAGCCUCCUGAACCAAAGCAAAUGCCUGGCAGACCACCAAAAUGCAGAAGAAAGUCAAAGGAUGAGCCAAGAAAGAAGUAUGGAAAGUUGUCCAGGAGAGGUGUAAAAAUGACUUGCUCCAAGUGUCAUCAACAAGGCCACAAUAAUAAAGCCUGCAAAUAUGUGCCUGGAAGCUCAAGCCAACCUGCUAGCUCAAGUCAGCCUCAAAGCUCAAGGCAACCUACAUGUUAUAGCCAACCACCAAGCUCAAGUGUAGGUUCUAGCCAGCCACCAAGCUCAAGGCAACCAAGAAGUUGUAGCCAACCACCAAGCUCAGGCCAACCUGUAGGUUCUAGCCAGCCACCAACCUGGAGCCCAUCACAACAUGUCAACUCAGGCCAACAAUCAACUUCUAUCUGUGAUGAUACUUAA